CCAUUUGCAAAUUUUGUGAAUUGUUUCGUGGUUCUCGUGUGCUGUUUUGAAAUUACGCUAGUGAUAAUACAAGUACUACAAAUGCCAACGAAUAUAGGAUAUCGUAGCAUUCAGUGAUAAUUUCCAUGUGAGUAAAUAACUUGGUAAAAUUUGUCGUAAUUUUGGACCAAAUAUGAAGCUUGAUUAUAGCCGGAUGCAAAAUGGCGACACUGAAUUCAAAUAAACUCUCACUUUUAUCUGUAGUACUAGUUACCUACUAUCAUAUUUACGUCAUAAGAUUUAAUAUUUCUUUAUUGAUCUUUUAGAAAUCAUAAUGGAGCCGACUCUGGACUCGUCCUUGGUGGCGCAGUCCAUAAAUUACCACGGUCAACAACUUCAAAAAACGUGGGAAGCUGAACGUGGCGAAGAUGAUCUUGCUAAAAUUGGCGUGGGUGCUUUGGAUUUUGCUGUAUACCAGUCCAGGCACAAGCACUUGACAUUUCAAGAUCGCUCUAAAAGAUUGAAACUUCAUCAAUUCAUCGCCAAAGAAGCCAACUCUUUGUUUGAUGUCUCUCUCUCAGAGGAGACACCGUCAUCCUCCAGCUUGGGAACUGAUUCAACUACACCAGAAGACAAUUUGUAUGCACUAAUGCCUCCUUUUGAGACAUUCUUGAAUGUUGAUAAAGUAGCUCGACUGAGACAUUUCUUUGAUAAUGUGAAGACGGGGGAACUGAUCAUUGGAGCUGUCAUCAAUAGAACUGCAUCUGGUAUGAUGUUGAAAGUCUUGUGUACAGCAGGACCUACAUCUAGAUAUGUAGCUGAUAUAAAUGUCAAGGCUUUUUUACCUGUUACGAAUAUCAUACCAGCUGUGGACAAGAAAAAUGUAUCAAGAAACUACCUAAUGAAUGACACUGUAUGCUGUGAAGUCAUAGAAGUUAUUCCCGAUACUGACAAAAUGGUGUGCGGCAUGAAAGGAGUCACCAGAGGCCCAGAUGAUCCACCGCCAAAGCCUCCUCUAGGACUUCUCAGCACUGAUGACUUUCCAUUGGUUUACAAGAAAACAAUGGAUAUGAAGGGAGAGAGUUAUGAAGCUAUUUUGGAGAAGAGUCCAGGCUUCAAUAACCCCAACUGCGUCCAAUAUCUCUCUGAACUUCUUGGCAUUGCAAACAUGCACUGUACCAACUUUGCAUCAUUGAGGGGAGGAUUUGCGCCUUCGGAAUGUGUGGAUGAACUUCGUCAGGCUCAAGCUAGCAAGUGGGCAUUCCGUUCAGUUGCUGAAGGCAUUGAACAUUUCAAGGCAGGAAGACAUUCUGAAGCUUUCCAGUGCCUCAACAAAGCGUUGAGCAUAGAUCCAAGAAAUGUAGAGGGGUUAGUAGCCAGAGGAGCUUUAUAUGCAAAUAGUGGGACAUUCAAAAAAGCCAUAGAAGAUUUUGAGACUUCAUUAAAAUUAAAUCCAAAUCAUGCUAAUGCAAGAAAGUACCUUGGUGAAACGUUGGUUGCAUUAGGCCGCAGUUAUGAAGAUGAAAACAAGAUUACUGAAGCUCAAAAAGCUUACGAAGAUUGCUUAGCUAUCAUACCGUUUCAUGAAGAAGCACAGAAUUCAUUAGAUUUCCUCAAAAGCAAAACAUCUACAACUAAACCUUUGAUAGAACCGGCUGAGUUGCUACUCCCUGGUUUGACGGGAGCAAAGUCUUUUGAAAUGAAGGAGACACUGAAGCAAUUAUUAAAUCUAACUGAAAAAAAGGAUAAGAAAAAGAAGAAAAAGCGUGGAAAAGGCAAAAAGAAGAGAUCAAGCAGCUCAUCAUCAUCAUCAAGUGAUUCAUCCAGUUCUAGUUCAUCAUCAGAAUCUUCGUCGUCUUCGUCUGAAACUAGUGACUCGGAGGGACCAAACCGUAAGAAGAAACGUCGCUCGCAGUCUAACAACAAAAGGCAGCGUUCUCUAUCUCCAUUGAGCAAGCGUAUGGCGAUGCUCGGCGAGGCGGAUUCUGCGUCGCGUACGCAUAACUCGCAGUUUAACCAUCCUUACGGAUAUCAACCGCCUCCGCCGCCUGUCGAGGAGAACCACAUACAACCAAUGCGGUCUCAAGCUGAUAUCGACUAUGAGUUAAAGGUUCGAAAAUUCUUAGAAAUGACCAAAGAAGAUUCAGACUAUGAAGACAAAGUUCGUAAUUUCUUAGAAGAAACUGCUCAGUACAAGAGGAAUCGUAAAAUGCAAGAGCUGGGCCAGCAACCACAACCGGGAGCCGAGCAUGACAAGAAAAAAAAGAAAAAGAAAGAUAAGAAAAAGAAGAAAGAAUCGAAGCGUAAACGCAAAGAGCAAGAAAGAGAAGAAAAAAGGAAGGCGAAGUUGGCGCGCUCUGCCGCUAACAACUCUGAAUACAGCCUUCGUGAUUUAGAGAGUCUGAGUGAUAAAAAACUAAGAGAUGCUAUAAGAAAAAAAUCAAAGAGAGACCUCAGUUCGGACGGGGAAUAUGACAGAAAACAUGGUGACAAAAGGAUUUUAGAUGAUAUGCAUGGCCUGGAAGAAUUGGAGUCUAAGUUGAGUGCAUACCAUGUUAUGGUGGAGAAGGAGGUGUUGGGCAAGCGCGAUGGUCGCGGUUCUAUCAGUCCCAUAGAUCAAGCACCACCUCCACCUCUGGAAACGCCAAAGUGGAAGAUGUCUAUGAGUGCUGUUAAAGAUUCCAGGGUAAAGAAGAAGGAAACGCCAGUACCUAAAGGAUACAGGGAACGUUACGCAUUCGAAGAUAGUUCUGAUGACUCUCAAGAUGCUAAGCCGGCGCCGGGCGAUAAAAAUGUAUCGGUGCGUCGUGCGAUGGCGAUGAAAGAGUUGCCGCCGCUGCCCAGCGCGCCGCCGCCCGGCAAGUCGCGCGAACCAGACCCGCCCGGCACUGAACCAUCGCACCCGCCGGUGCGCAAAGGAAACAUAGUGUUAGACAAAUUCGGUUCGUUCCGGCUGGCGCAGGAAGGAGAAACUCCUGUAUCGGUGGGCGAUGGAAGACCGGAACAGUUCGUGACUCGGAUCAAACCGCCCUCGCCCACCACUAGACGACCACGAUCGCCUCCGUCACCACGACGACGAUCGUCCAACUCGUCAGACGACGACAGAAGAUCACCUAAAAGGUCACGUAGCAGGUGCGUCCUUACUAACAAGAAUAACUAAACCUUUAUUCAGUAUUUUACUAGAAUCAAAUCAAUAUGUUUGCCAGAAGACUGUUACUUAAACAGGUCAUUA